UCACAAAAAUAGUACAAAGGAAUGCGAUCUUCGACGCUGUCCUACCCGCGAUUGUCUUCCUCCGAGUAACUUCCUCCAAUUUUCUCAGGGAGGAAAAAUAAGAUCCGAAUUCAACGCGGCACAAGAAAAAAUAUCCAUUAUGGAUUCCACAAUCUCAUUAAUAUCAGUCAACACUGAGUUUCUUUCUUCAAACCCUAACCCUAACUUCACUAUCAAUGGACACCAUCGGCGACGUCGCAAGCGUAGCCCAGCUCUCCGGCGUCGACGCCGUCGGCCUCAUCUCGAUGAUCGUCAGAUCGGCAUCGACGGCGAGAACGCACAGGAAGAACUGCGUCGAAUUCGCUCAGCAUCUGAAAGUUGUCGGCGACCUGUUGGAGAAGCUGGAUGUCUCGGAGCUUAAGCGGCACCGCGAGACGCGGGAACCGCUGGAGCAGCUCGAGGAGGCCCUGCGGAGGUCCUUUGUUCUCGUCGACAGCUGCCGGGGAAUGAGCUAUCUUUACCUGUUGGCGAUGGGUUGGAACGUUGGGUCGCAGUUUAGGAAAGCGAGGGAGGAGAUUGAUUGGUACUUGAGGCUGAUUCCUCUGAUUUCGCUCGUUGAUAGGGCUAGAGCGAGGGACUCAAGACUGAAGAAUAUACCCCAACAGGACCAUUGUCUAAUUGAUCUUAAAGUAGAAUCGGGACAUGAUCAAUCGAAAGUUGACCAACAGAAUGACAUGAUGGAUGCAAAGGGAGUAAAAGCUGAUGCAAACCCAGAUGUUCAUUAUGGGGAGUUUCCAUCUAACACCUAUACGGAACUUAGAGAGAUUGCUAUUCCUACUGUCUCCGAGGAUAACAAAUCUGAUGCCCUAAAGAGAAGACAAGAAGUUGUUUCCUGGGCUGAUAUCCCCACAUCACACGAGAGACGAACUUCUCCUAGUUCAGAAGCAGGCGAAGUAUCUUUACCUGGUAUCGGGGGAUUUCAAAUCACUGGUGAAGCUACACCAGGAAGCACUCUGAGAGCAUGUGGCUAUGCCACGAAUGGGACUUCCCUUUGCAUCUUCCAGUGGGUUCGUCAUAUUGACAUUGUUGGUACAAAGCAGUUAAUUGAAGGAGCCACAAUGCCAGAAUACGUGGUAACUGCUGAUGAUGUUGGUACCAUUCUUGCUGUGGACUGCAUACCAAUAGAUGACAGUGGCCGACAGGGGAGAUUGGUUCAUCAUGUUGCCAACAACCAAAACAAAGUAGUAUGUGAUCCUGCCAUGCAGUAUGAGAUUGAUGCUCACAUUUCUGCAGGAAGCGCAGUAUUUACAGUUUUCUUGUUGAUGGAUUUUUCAGAGGAACGGGCACAUUUGAUUUUAGCACAAAAUGGCUAUCGAAUUAGAGUCAUUAGCACCAACCAUGUGGUAAUGGAGGAAAAAUAUUCACCUGAUUUAUAUGUCAAACUUCCAAAUGGACAAUCAACACAAUUUACGUUAAUGUGCUCCGAGGGAUCGAUUCUACCAUUCAACACAAGCAGAACAUUGCAAGAAUAUGACACUAACAAUAUUAGAUUGCGAGAUAGUAUUGUCUUGACCUUGAGACACUUCCAAGCUAAGGCUGUAGGUGCUAAAGGGAAAGGCCAAGCAUAGCAACAUUCAAUCACUAAAUAUGUUUUCCAUGUAUUCCUACAUAUUUUAUUCUUGUAGAUAUGCCACUGAAGGGAUGUACUUAUUGUGCAAUAAUCGAUGUGUAAACAGUAUUAAAAUGGUAUUAUUGCCUCUAUAUGAACAAUCUUUGUUGAAAUUUUCUUUU